GCUCUCAGCCCAACAUUAGGCGAAGGGGAGCGGACAGAGCGAGGAGCUGGUGCGGACGCUGGCCGGAUGGUUAAAUCUAACCUACAGACGAUUUUGAAUAGCCAUUGUUUUGUUAGAGAAAAAGAGAGAAACUUAUCCGAGAUGCCUGUUAUUGAGCAAUCCAGUAAUAAACCUGAAAGUGAAAGUAUCUCCAGUCCCAGGAGGUGCUCCCGCUGUUGCAGUAACCCGUGUCCGGGGCCUCUGUGGUGCUCCGAUGCCCCUCUCCCACCCCUGAAGAUCCCAGGUGGGCGAGGGAAUGACCAGCGGGAUCGCAAUCUUUCAGCUAAGCUAUUCUAUUCUGAUACCCAGUUGCUUGUUCUUGAGGAGCCUCCACCUGCCAACGGCAGAGUGCGUUUCUUGCUCUUUGAGCCCCGUCGUUCUGAGGGCAAGCACUGUGUCUGGAGGGCGGCGCUGAAAGGAGGGAACCUUUAUGUUGAAAUCCCUCCUGGAGCUUUGCCCGAGGGCAGCAAAGACAGCUUGGCCCUUCUGUUGGAAUUUGCAGAAGAGCAGCUGCAGGUUGAUCACGCGUUCAUCUGUUUUCACAAGAGUCGUGACGAUAGAGCAUCCCUGCUGCGGACAUUCAGUUUCCUGGGCUUUGAGAUUGUGAGACCGGGUCAUCCCCUUGUUCCCACCCGCCCUGACGCUUUCUUCAUGGCUUACAGCAUCGAGCGAGACUCCUCUGAUGAUGAUUAAAUGACGCUGAGCAGUUACAAAUGUUUGUUGUUCUUAUUUUAAUCCAUACCCACACAUCUUUAUAAUUUUUUGGAAAUGAACAUAUGAUCCAAGUUACGUAUGGUUGAGGUGUCCUGUGAAAGGUUGCUUUUUGUUUGUUUUACCUGUACCUACUAUGUGCUGUGUUUCAAUAUUUGCACUAGGGUAAGAUGUUAAUAUACCAGGAAUGUAAAGUAAGCGCCCACAUAAUACCCUGUAUUACUUUCCAUGAUGUGAUAGUGCUGACUUCCUGUUUACCUUCCCUGAACACCGUGAAGAUCAUCUCCACAGUGUAAUAUUUAUGAUAAAUUUAAAUUCAUCCUACUCAUGUAAGUAGAUAUGUUUUAAUGGUAAUUAUCAUUUGAUUAUCCUGUUUAUAUUGAGGGUUUUUUUUUUUUUACGUGUGCAUGAUUUUCAUUUGUUGCAUUGAUUCACUUGAUAGAAAUCUGCAUGUUGUAACUGUACUAAAUAAAAUUGCUCACCUUA